AUGGGUCAGACUUCCUCUUAGACAUCCCCUCCAAAGGAGGAUCCUUCUUUGACCUUCCAGAUGAAAACCAAAAUCCUGUCUCAGGAAAUAAUCGCCUUCAUUGAAUCAUCCCUAGAGAAUGGAAAGCUUCAGGAAAUAGUUUCUGCAAUCAGCAGUGCUCUGGGAGACAUAGAGAAAGCCCCACUGAACAUUGCAAUGAUCGGGGAGACCAGGGCUGGAAAGUCCAAUCUCAUCAAUGCUCUGCAGGGAGUGGGGGAUGAUGAAGAAGGUGCAGCUGCUUCCACAGGGGUGGUACAUACAACCACUGAGAGAACGCCAUACACUUACACAAAGUUUUCCAAUGCAAUACUGUGGGUUCUGCCUGGCAUGGGUAACAUGGGGUUUCAUCGCAUUCAACCUCAUGACUAUCUGAAGAAAAUCGAGUUUGAGGAGUAUGACUUCAUCAUUAUUGUCUCUUCCAGAUGCUUUAAAGAUAAUGACGCAGAACUUGCCAAAGCUAUUGUGCAAAUGAAUAGAGGUUUCUAUUUUGUUCGAACAUGCACAGAGGAUGAAAAAUUGUUUGGAUGUAUGAGAUUCAAUAAAGAGAACACAUGAAGAAUCUUUAAAUUCACUACAAGUAAACUCAAGGAAUGUAUCCACCAGGAGCCUCCAGUCUUCUUAGUCUCUAACUUUGAUGUGUCUGACUUUGACUUCCCAAAGCUGGAAUCCACCCUUCUGAGCCAGCUCCCAGCCUACAAACAGUUCAUGCUCACUUUGCCUAUUGUUACAGAUUCCACAAUAGACCGGAAGAGGGAUAUGCUGAAACAAAAGGUCUGGAAGGAAUCCACAACUCCAAGAGCAUGGGCUACCAUGCCAUCCCUGGGACUGACCCAAAAGGACAUGGAGAUGUUGCAACAGACUUUGAAUGACUAUAGAUCUUCCUUUGGUCUGAAUGAGGCAUCACUGCAAAACAUCGCUGAGGAUUUGAACGUGACACUGGAGGAUCUCAAGGCAAACAUUAAGUCUGCACAUUUCUCAGAUGAGCCAGAUACAUCCUUAACAGAGAAACUAUUGAAGUACAUUGGAAAUCCUUACUUUUCAAAUGUUUUCCACUUGCAAAAUUAUUUCAUUGACACAGUUGCGAGUGAUGUUAAAAUUAUCCUCAGGAAAAAAGAGCUUUUCACAGAGCAGGUGAUUCCUAAUAAUACUUCUACUUGUAAAUCAGUUAGGGCAUCCCAGCACCAAGCCAUGGCUUGGGCCUCCAGCUUUGAUGCAUUCUUCAAGAAUUUUAAGAGGGAAAGCAAAAUCAUCUCUGAAGAUAACAUCACCUUGAUUAUGGCUUACACAGAGGAAAGUAAGCUACAGAAAGCUGUUUCUGUAAUUGAAAAGGCACUGAGAGACAUCGAGAGUGCUCCUCUGCACAUAGCUGUGACAGGGGAAACAGGCACAGGGAAGUCCACUUUUAUCAAUGCCCUGAGGGGGGUGGAGCAGGAAGGAGAAGCUGCAGCUUCCACUGGGGCAGUAGAGACAACCAUGAAGAGAACUCCAUACCCACACCCAAAGCUUCCCAAUGUGACAAUAUGGGACCUGCCUGGCAUUGGGAGCACUGACUUCACACCACAAAACUAUCUGACAGAAAUGAAGUUUGGUGAGUACGACUUCUUCAUUAUCAUCUCAGCUACUCGCUUCAAAGAAAAUGAUGCACAACUGGCCAAAGCCAUUGCAGAUAUGGAGAUGAAUUUCUACUUUGUCAGAACCAAGAUAGACAACGACUUACAUAAUGAACAGAAGGGUAAGCCUAAGACAUUCAAUAAGGAGAAACUCCUCACGAAAAUUAGAGAUGACUGCUCCAGUCAUCUUCAGAAGGCUCUCUGCAGUGAGCCUCCAGUCUUCCUAGUCUCUAGCUUUGAUAUAUCGAAGUAUGACUUCCCAAAGCUGGAAACUAAACUCCUACAGGAUCUCCCAGCCCACAAGCGCCACAUCUUCUCACUGUCUUUGCAAAGUCUUACUGAGGCCACCAUUAACUGCAAGAGAGAUUCCCUGAAGCAAAAAGUCUUCCUAGAAGCCAUAAAGGCUGGAGCAUUAGCCACCAUUCCACUUGCUGGCAUGAUCAGCGAUAUCUUAGAGAAUCUGGAUGAAACAUUCAAUCUCUACAGGUCUUACUUUGGGCUGGAUGAUGCUUCACUGGAAAACAUUGCCAACGAUUUGAACAUGUCUGUGGAUGACAUCAAGGUACACCUUCGAUUUCCCCAUUUGUUUGCAGAACACAAUGAUGAGUCCCUAAAAGACAAGCUAUUUAAAUAUAUCAAACACAUUUCUUCGGUUACUGGUGGGCCACUCGCUACAGUAACUUACUAUCGCAUGACUUAUUAUUUGCAGAUUCUCUUUCUUGAUACUGCAGCCAAUGAUGCCAUAGCUCUUCUGAAUAGUACAGCGCUUUUUGAGAAGAAGGUGGGACCAUAUAUAUCUGAGCCCCCUGAGUACUGGGAAGCUUGAAAAAAUAAGGCAUGAGUUCCAAUCAGUGUUCACUCUUAGCUUUACCUUGGGCACGACUUCUAGCCUAGUCCUGAGGAGGGGUGGAAAGUCUCAGUGGCAGGCCAGUGGAUUCAUGCUUUCCCUUCUCCGGAUCCAGAAGAUCACCAUGGCAAGGGCUUAUAGUGCUUAUAGUAGAAAAAAAGAGUCUUCAACAUCGUGCAAAUAUGAGAGAAAAGUAUGUUUGCAUUAAAAUCAUUUCUAAAAAAUAAAACAAACACAUGAUGUG